CGGUGCAAUCGGACCGCGUGGCGCUUUGCCUGUUCUAUAAAAGGGGGAAGGGCGUGCUACACUAUCAGCGAUUGCUUUUAGUGUAGCGGUAAGUGCAACGAUCCACAAUUGGUAUCAGAGCCAAAGGUCACGGGUUCGACCCCCGGCAACAGCAUGCUGCUUAGUUGUAGGCUGGCAGGUGCUGGGGGGAGAUUGUUGGGCCUGCCGCGGGUCUGCGGUCAGCAAUCUGCCAGCCUGCCGGUGCAAUCGGACGGCGUGGCGCUUUGCCUGUUCUAUAAAAGGGGGAAGGGCGUGCUACACUAUCAACGAUUGCUUUUAGUGUAGCGGUAAGCGCAACGAUCCACAAGUUCUACUAAUUUCAUACAAGAACAAUGCCUUUCUGGAAUUUCAGCACUAAUUUGCUAAAAAAUUACGCGUAUGUUUUGUAUUAGUAGCCCUAAUCGGCACUCUUGAUUUUCGCGGUUUUUGGAUCGCCCUGACACCACAUUUUAUUGGUUGGAUUUUCUUCUAAGAUGUUUUAAUAUCCGUUUUUUAAGAAAUCUGUUCUUCACGAUAAAAAAAAAGAAAAAGAAAUCUGUUCUUCAUAGUUUAUCUUCCAUGUAUUACGAGUUGCAGUUUUGUUUCGGAUUUUUUUUCCCUCUAAUAUAUUUUAAAAGUUACUGAAUUGCCUGUUCUAGUAUUUCUGCUGUGAGUGAAGUUUUUUAUUGGAAGUUUUGCGAUUGGAUAUGCCUGUUUCAGUCUCACUGUUUUUUUCCUUCAAUAUUCAUACUCCGUAUACAGUAUUACUGUGAUGUAAAUAUGUGAUGUUUUUUUUAACUUCCGCGUUGCCAUAUUAUGCGAUUUUUUUUAUAUUAUUUUUUAGAUUUGCCUGUUCGUUAUGAGUUAUAACAUGAGGAGGCUUCAUUGCUUGACCAUACCUGUUUGUUUCAGUGGCUUGGAAGAUCCACUAUGUGAUCUUUUUCAGUUUAUGAUGAAUUAAAGCCCUUUUUUAAUAUAAAUAUUGCAGACAGAUUCCUUCAGUUAGGGGAAGCUAUUUAUUUGUAAUUAUUUUGGGGCCAAAGAGGAGAGUCCUGGUCUCCUGGACUUGGAGGUUGAUCUGCAUCUAUAGUUCAAUAAUCAGCUGAGUAAUUAAUCUAUACAUUCCUUUAGCCAUGGAUCUCCCAAAGACAAAGAAGAGAAGAAGUACACGCCUCCUACUCAAGCAGAAGAAAAGAGUAGCUGAAGAUGAACCCAAGACUACCUUUGGAUGUUUGCCUCUAGAAAUACCGAGUCUAAACUCCUCUAUCUCUAUUCAUCUUUUAAAAAUGAACUCCAAUAUGUUGAUCUUUCAGACAUUACUGAAAAAGGAUUGAUUGUGAAUAGAAUUGAAAAUGCAUUUUCCAAUCUCACACGGUCACACCAAGAUCGUUUUCGGUGCUUGGCUCAUCCAAUGGCAUCAUGCUCUUACAAGAUCCAUCUAACCAGAAAUGGAAUUGCAUAUAUAAUCUUUUCACAAGGGACUAUAAACUUGUACCCAAACUGGACUCUCAACAUUGCUGGUAUUGUUCAUAUGGGGUUGGGUGCCAUCCAGUUACCUAUGAUUACAAAACAUUUCGUAUACUCAUCACAUCAGACCGGGAUGAUUCUAGGUCAAAAGCCUAUGUAUACAGUCUGAGUAGGAAUGAGUGGAUACCAUUAGGAGAGUUGCCUUAUAAAAUAGACCGCUUUUGUAUACAAGGAGUUUUGGUCCAUGGGAGACUCCACUGGCUUACUGUGCAAAACAAAGGGAUGUCAAAUGAUCAAAUCCUUUUCCUAAUAUAAUAUCAAUUGACCUCAUGGAUGAUUCUGUCAAGGAGGUUCCCAUGCCUAUGGAGGUUAUAUUUCGAAAAAGUAAGAGAUCUCAACUUGUUGUUUUAGGGGGCCGGGAUGUCUGUCGGUUGGCGUAAGAAGAAUUGAUUCAAGGAUGCAUAUUUGGGUGAUGAAAACAUACGGAAUGGAAUUGUCUUGGGUGAAACAAUAUGUUUUUGGAAGUGAUUUUCUUAAAUUUGAUCGCAAUUGGAAGAGCCGUGGUGAGGAAUGGUUACAGAUUGUAUGUCUUCUUAAUAAUGAGGAAAUCUUGCUAAGAUACGAUGGAUAUUGUGGAGGAACUUUGGCUUCAUACAAUUUUGUUACUAAAAGUUGUAAGAUUCUCAUUUCUGGUGGAACAUUGCCCAGACGGCCAUUUAGGAUAGAAUAUGACAGAUGCUGGUUAGCUUAAAACAUCAUUUGACUCACAUUCAAAUAAUGCUUUCUUGCUCCUCAAAAAAAGAAGCACAUGUCAUUUGGCCUUCCAUUCUCGAUCAUGUAGCAGCUACUGCCUGAUAUCAUUAGGUUCUCUAUGCUUGUAGAGAUGGUGGAGGAACUUCAACGCAGUAAUAUUUGUGUUAUGUAUGGUACACGAUGUUCUUAUGUUUAGCUGAUCCCUUAAUGGUAGAUUUGUAGUCAUGCAAUAAUCUUAAUGUUAUUGUCAAAGAUCCUUGUCUUAAAUGGAUGUCCA